ACGGGCGGGUGCGCACUUGCCCCGACGGCUGCCUGCCCCGCGGGGACGCGGCUCGGCCCAGCGCACGUGCCGCGGGGCUUCGCGCAACGGGGACGCCCGGGCCGAUCGUCAGGACCCGUAUACCAUCCCCUACCCCUCAGAAGCCGUGGCGCACCUGAGCGUGGGAUGAGCACGUGCGGAGCGCGGCGUCAGACCCCCUGGCUGCCUCCGCCUCCCGGGAGGCCCUACCCAGGCGUCCUCCGAGGGAACAGCGGUGACCCGGUCCUCCCACGGUGGUCCGCGCCACUCUAGUCAGCUGACCUGCCGGGGGUGCCGGAAGGAACGCGGAGAUGUAGCUGUCGGUGGGGAGGGCGGCAGGUGACAGUCUUGGCGAGAGUGUCACUUUCCUCAGGUGUGGUCAGGAGCCAAGGCCUCUUCCAACUCUAAGGGUCAGUUUUCCUGGGCCACUGUCGCCUUAGCCAACAAGUAUGUUAGACUGUGUGCCUCUGCAUACUUGAAGCCAGGGAGGCGGGAAGAAAUCAGAAGCAAAUCUAGAAAGCCCCAUAUCUCAGGAAGCCUGGUGGUCUCUGAAGCCUGUCUGUCUGCCGUAGGAAGAGCCAGUCUGGUCAUGAUUCCUGGCAGCCUCACUCUCACACCUUGCUCUGUGGAGUCACUUCCCUGCACAGAACUUGGGUGUUUGUGGAGCAGUCCGGGUUUGGGAAGGCCAGCAGCCCCCUGCACUCCCCAAUCUCCUGAGAGUAAGUGUGCCUUCACUUUCUUUACACAAGGGUCCUGUACCCAAAGCAGAGUGGAUGCUUCUAACAGUUCAUACACCUGUUGAUCAGCAGGCACCCACCCUUCUCCUGCUGAGUGCCAGGCCUCAGGAAGCACCCAGACCCAAAGCUUGCACAGUGGCAGCAUGAUAGAAAUCUGUGUCCCUCUCUUCCCUUUGAUUGGCCGGAAUGGCCCUUAGGACUCCUCAGUGGGCACUGGUGAGACCUUACUGUGCCUUUGCCAUCACAGUUGUUAGAGUGGGCAAGUGCUGUGAUGCCCCUGGAUGUUUGCAGGCCACGGAGGUUUUAAGAAGGUGUUGGGAUCAGGACUGGUGGAGGUGGGCUGUACAGGCCUCAGGAGUCACCUACACCUGUUGCGCUGUGGGGAGGCAACUCUGUUUAUGAGACUUUCCCUCCAUAGGUAGCCCAGUAGGAAAGUGUGAAUUUGACCUUGGUGUAGAGAGGCUGCUGUUAUAACUUACACUAGACCUUGUUAUUCUAAAUAAAACAUGUAUUAAAGCAAACCAGGUUUCUCUGGAGCACAUUUCCCUUUUGUACUUGAACCAAGCCAGAGUUGGAGGAACUCGUUCCAAGUUCAGUGUUGCGUACUUUCCAGGUGGUUGCUAAAAAUGAGAGCUGGGCAGAGGGUACCUGCAAAACCAGCUUUUAAGAAGGUCAGGGCCUUCUGUGUUGUACCCGUUCUCCACACCCUCAUGGCCCCUGCCAUGGAGUAAGACUUUUCUGGACUGUUCUUUGUCCACAACGUGUGGCUUUCACUUGGGGCUGUGUGCCGGCUGGAGGGUUUGUUUACACUCCCAGGCAAAGCUGCUUGCUGUCUAGACCUAGAAGUUGUGCCUAUUUCUGCUCUGGGUGUUUCUGAGUCUAAAGGUUUCUGAAGUGGACUUUCUGGAUUUCGGGUCCAGUCCACAUGGGAAAUGGAAAUCCGGCCAGCUGGGAGAAUUCUCUGUUCGGCUGCUCCUGAGAGCUGUAAACAGUGACUCACGCUCCCCUCCCCAGCCUCCCGUUCUCUGCUAAUGGAAGAUGUGUUCCUCCGGUAUUUACUUUUGCUUUUUAUAAGUCACAGACCCGUCAUGUUUCCUCUUUCUUACAGUUUCAGGAAACUGAAAGUGUUAUCUGACAACCGUAGAAUUUCAGAACAGGUAGACAGGAGCCUGAGUGAUCGCGUAGUUUGUUCGCCUGGCCCAGGUUGGGUCAGGAGCUGGGGCCUGCCUGCCCUCCCGUGAAGCCCAGACCUUUCUCAGUGUCUUGGCGUCCUGUGGUGAAUGGGGCAGGUAGCAUGUUCCUUGCUUGCCUGGAGUUCAUCUGUGCAGUAAGGAGGCCAACUUGUCAACAGAAAAUUCUAGAACCAGUUGGUCCAGGGCAAUAGUUUACUUCAAAGAGGGCCACUAGAAGGGCUUUCUGGAAGAAGCCUGGGUUGUAGGAGGACGGGGACCGUGUGCCCAGUGCAGCAGGGUCCGCUGGAGGAGGACGGAAAUGUUGACAGGCCUGGGGGUGGGGGAGCUCAGGAGGGACCUGAGACUGCCUCUGCCUGCCAGGGGGAGCUGCACGUGAGGCACCAAGAUCUAAGUCGGGGUCCUGUUUAACCAAAGCUGUGUCCUGGACAGAAGCUAGGGCCUGAGUGGGGGCCGGACUUCAGGCUGGGCAGAACUGGGGGCCCAGGGUCAUCAAGCCUUAGCCAUGGCACAGAGGAGGAAGAGAGGUGCAUGGCUGGGGGCACUUGCACCUGAGUGACCCCGUGGGAGGUGGCUGUCACCACCCAAGGUGGAGAUACAGUGGAAGAAGUGGCAAGAAUACAGGCAGGUCUGCCUUGGGUUUCCCCAGGGGACAUGUCUAGCUACACAUACAGGGUAGGAGCUGGCUAGAGCCCCAGGACAUGGGAACAGAACAGAAUCCUGAAGCAGAGCUGGCAGCCUGGGACCACUCAGUGAGCCGGGGACAGGGGGCCUGGGGUAGGGCCGUGAGGGUGGAGGCUGCUGGAGGAGGGGUGCCAUGCAGCCUGCUCUUGGCAUGGCAGCUGCUGCCUGAGUCACCUCUGAAUGUAGCUGGGAUGACACAGCUUCCUCGGACUGCAAAUGCAAGGUGACCAGACAUCCUGCAAGUUGGACAGACAGUCGUGGCUUGCCGGAGGGCGUCUGGCCAGGGCUAGGCUGCAGUCUGGUGUGGGCCAGGCACGGGGUGCAAGCCGGCGCUGCACACCAGGGAGGCUGUGUCCUGGGUGGGAGGCAGGGUGAGCCUUCCCUGUCCUCAGUGGGCUGAGUGUGGGGCCCGCUGGGGCUCCAGUUAGUCAGCACCAGUUUACAUGGCAGGUACGCACUGGGUACCAGCACAGUGUCACCUGUCCUAUGGCCCUGGAAGGGCACUCUGCUUUGAGCGCUUCUAUCCAGGCUCCCAGCUCCUGAGUGAAAGGAACCACACUGGAAGCUGAAAAGUAAAAAUUGAUCCUCAGGGUGGGAGGCAACUGUCUGAAGAUCACCUGCUUUCUGGACUGUUGAGCUGGGCUACCUGUCCUGCCCUCAAGGAUGCUUGGUCUCAGGAUUCAAGUCCUCUGCAAGGUGCUGCCCUGCUUUUUGUGGGACACAGGCCUUCUGCCUUGGUCUGUCUUGGAAUAGAGGGGCUCACUAUCUCUACUCCCUAGUUAUGUGGAGUUGGCACCUCCUGAGCUGCCAGCUGGGCUGCUUCUUUAAGAGAUGUUGCGAUGGACCUGCCCACCUGUUAGAUAAACCUCACAAUGAUGUUUCUGGCUUAGGGUUGAAAACUCAACCUCUUCAGUUAGAGCAGCAGUUACCUGAAAGGUGCUGAACGUAGAAGGAGCUGUCUGGGGACCCAGGGGAUCAGCGGCCAUCAGCCAUUUUUCCUGCCUCUGAUGUUUUAAAGUGGCUUUCGUUCUGAACUUCAUGGAUGUACUUUGUGCUUUUGGGCACAGCCUCUGAACCUGCUGCCCACUAGGAGCUCCUGCCCAUCCUUGGGGCCACAGGGUUGAGGUGGUAAUGUCACAGCUGCAGUGCCCUUCGCCUUGGUACGAUUUCCAAGUGGCUCUGCCCUGGUGACUGUGCCCGGGUUAUGACGACGAAUCCCAAACCGAAUAAGGCAUUAAAGGUCAAGAAGGAGACGGGUGAGAACGCCCCGGUGCUCAGCGACGAUGAGCUGGUGUCCAUGUCAGUGCGGGAGCUGAACCAGCACCUGAGGGGCCUCACCAAGGAGGAGGUGACGCGCCUGAAGCAGCGGCGGCGCACGCUCAAGAACCGUGGCUACGCGGCCAGCUGCCGCAUCAAGCGGGUGACGCAGAAGGAGGAGCUGGAGCGGCAGCGAGUGGAGCUGCAACAGGAGGUGGAGAAACUGGCCCGAGAGAACACCAGCAUGCGACUGGAGCUUGAUGCCCUGCGUGCCAAGUACGAGGCUCUGCAGACCUUUGCCCGCACUGUGGCCCGAGGGCCCAUCACACCCACCAAGGUGGCCACCACCAGCGUCAUCACCAUCGUCAAGUCUACCGAGAUCUCCUCCACUUCCGUGCCAUUCUCGGCUGCGUCCUAGUGCCUGCCCCUGGAUCUCCGGCACAAGCGGAGCAUCUGUGCGCUGUGGACCCCCUGGGGCCAAGGGCAGGGACAGCAGGACUGGUGGCUGGCCCAGGACGGAGAGUAGGCUCUUGGGAGCCGCUGCCACCUGCCACCCAUGUGCACACCCGCAUUCACGCUCACGCUCACGCCACCCCUUCUCCCUAGAUGGGUCUAUUUGCAGGACUUGGUGGGGUCCCUAGGUGCUGCAUCCCUGCAGGAUGUCAAGCCCUGGUGGCUGGGUGAGCACCCUGUUGGCCCCGUCCUGCCAACCAGCCCCACUGAGCUCUGGCCGCCCCGAGGGGCCUGUUGGCAGCUCCAGUCUUACAGUUGUCCCCAUGGAAAUGUGUUGUGACCUGCGUUAGCUCUUAGGUCCACGCCUGGACCUUGCAAGGCAAACUUGGGAAGUGCUGCCCAAGAAUGCGAGAGAGAGAGAGAGAGAGAGAGAGAGAGAGAGAGAGAGAGAGAAAGAAGGAUGAAUGAAUAUGUGUGUGUGUGUUCAUCUGCCUAACAUCACAGCACCCAUGGCCAUAGCACUAGCCUUGGAGGAGCAGCUCGGUCGGGCAGGAGGAAAGGGCAUGUCAGAGAGUAGUGUGAAUGUUAUGGAUGUCCCUGUGUUUUGUGACUCGAGGGGGUCACUAAGGGAGGUACAGGAUCUGGUCCACAAGUGGAGACGGGGGCAAGAGUCUCCCACCAGUCAGUGGGGAGCAGGCUUGGUCUCCUUGGAGCCACUGCUCACCAGCUGUGCUCAGUGUGUGGGAGAAGGAGGGUCUUUGAGGGGCCUGCAGGAAGGGCUGCCGCAGUUGUGGGAGGAAGUUGGUAGACAUGGAGGUGACAGUAGAGGACGUUCUGGGCCAGGGAUUUAGCUCAGUGGCGCCCUGCCUGCCUCACAAGCGCAAGGUCCUGAGUUCAAUCCCUGGUACUGGAAAAAAAAAAAAUAGAGGAUGUUCUACGGCUUCAGGGAUAUUGGUGGAUACAGAGGUGGCAGUGGAGGCGAUUCUGUGACAGACCAGGGGCCACCAUAGUUUUCAUUGUGGGGGAGACAGAGCAGUCAAGUAGGGAGGUUGGAGCAGGAGCCAGGGAGGGGACCCAGGUCCUGGGAAGUGGAGGAGCCCCAGGCUGUGCUGCACAGGCAUCAGAGGGCACUGGCUGGGACAGCCUUGUUGCGUCCAGGCCAAUUAGGCCAUGGGUAAGGAGUAUGGUGCUUAACUGUCAUUGGAACCUCCUGAUCUUGCUCUGUAGGGCUUUGCACUGCUGAUGCUCUUGGAAUCCUUCUGGCUCCCUUCCCCUCACCAUUGCCACAGGGCCCCUCUGGGACAGGCCCUUAGCAGGGCCACCAUCGUGAGCUGGUGGGAUGCCAGCCCUGUGUCUUGCCACCAGAAGUCUUCACAUGUGAUAAGCAGGGGUAGUGCAGGGGAUGCUGGUUCCCUCAUGGCUUGCCCACCACCUAUACAGUGAGACCCCCAGCAAGCCACCAAGUUCACUUGCAGGGUGUUGACCACAUUGGGAGGAGGGCAGUGGACAGCCCCAGAGGACAGACAGCCCCAAGGGCUGUGGCCUGGUUGUGUGUCUACCGUUAGGAGUAGAUGGGAGUGUCUAGGAGUCUGGCGGCACUGAGGUGCAGCUGGUCAUCCUCCCAGCCCUGAGGUGCUGAGGGCCGGCUGGGCUGCAGACCAAGGCCCAUGGGCUCCACAAAGAGCAAAGGCCUCACUGGGCACUUAACAAAAGCUGUCCAUACCAUAGCUGUGGUAGGUAAUCCAUAUUGGAUAUCAGUAAGGACCAUGGGGAAAUAUUUAAAGAGAGAGAGAAAAAAAAAAUAUAUAUAUAUAUAAAAUAUACACAUUUUAUCUUACAGAUUUUUCAUAACAAUUUUUCUUUCCCAGUUUGAUACUGUAGAUUUUGUUAGAGCAGAGCUGCGGGGGAUGGUGGGUGGGGUGGGGCGAAUCAUCCUCCUUCCUGGCUUCUGCAAGUUGGCUGCUCGCCGUGGACAGAGGCCCAGGAUGCCCAAGGCCUCUCCUUGGUCUUCCUGCCUGCAGAUGGUGCCGGGCACAGCGGGCUCUAGAGAAGGCCUGGCCCUGCCAGUGCUGUGCAAGGCCUCCCAAGGCAGGCCAUAGCAAUUGGAAGUUCUGUCCAGUCCUGGGAUACGUGUUCCCAUCUCACAGGACACAGAGGCGGGUGACCGCUGGCCAUGGGUUGCUGCCCAUUGCUGGCCUGUGGUGCUGAGCCUGGGGCGUGGGAAGUGCCCUGCCCUUGGCUCCAGGGUGGACGGAACCACCAUUGCUGCCCAGAGCCUCGGUCCAGGGCCUGGGAAGGAAGCAGCACCUUCUGCUUUGCUUUUCAGACCCUUGAAAUUUUAUUGUCACAAUUUAAUAUAUGGAGUUGUUUUUUUUUUAAUUUUAAGAAGAAAGACAAGCACCUCUUUGUUAUAUGGGCUUGUUUUCUGUCUGGCACCUCGGACUUCCCAAAGAAGGCAGGGCCCUGCCUGCUGGGGCAGCUAGAACACACGUUCACUGCACGCCCCUGUCUGUCCUGGCUGCCUGAUACUUGCAGUUCAUUUCAAUAUUUAUUUUUGUGCUACUUUUUCCCAAUAUAAAUUAUUGAGAAGAGAUCAUAUGCUGUGGACCUUCAUCUGUGCCCACCCUGCCCCGACUCACGGCCACCACCUAAUUUAUUGCUGUAAAUGUCGCCGCUGUGACUGCUUUUGUACCUUUGCAAUAAAGAAUCUCCUGGUUUCAGGUC